CCGGGUGUCAAUAUGCAACAUGGCGGGAAGUGCUAAGGAAGCGAUAGUACCCGAUGUGCGGAAACUGAUAACAGCAUUAACGGAAUUUAAUGAAGGAGAAGAGAAUUUUGACUUAUGUGAGAAAUUUGCACUCUCCAAUCUAUGGCACCACUGUUUUCUGUCUGUGGAUAGCCAUGCUGUCCGUCGCAAAGUUGAUGGUAUGGUUACAAAGUUUGAGGUUCAUGGUCAUAUUGAAACAGCACGGAAACUGAGAGAGCUUGUCACCACAUUCUUAAGUGGUGAAGUAUUUCAUGACCAUCCACAGUAUGACAUCCAGUAUUCGCUGCUGUCUCUGCUUCUUCACUUGGCUAACAAUCCAACAGCCUCUGCUCAUCACCGUCAGGCAACUCAUACAGCUGUCAAAGUACCCGAAGAAGAAGAAGAAGACAGUUUUGACUGGGCUUCAUAUUUACGAGAAGGGGACGAAAAAUUUGUCUGUGUUUAUGAUGAUUCUUCAAGUGAAGAAUUCAGCAGUGACUUAGAUGAACCAAUAGAUGAAGAAGGAACUGACUUGUUAGCACCAGAAGUUAUUAACUCUGUUCCUUUUAUGAAUUUGGAAGUGGAAGUUCAGAAGAUCUCAAAAGAAGAUAUUAUUCAUAAUUUGCUAGAAGUUUAUUCAGCAGAGAAGUGGCUGGAAACUAAUGUUAUGCAGCCAUAUUGGACUUCUGAAGAAGUACAUUAUAAUGUGUCAAGCAGAUUUCCAGCGUCCAACUGGGCAAAACUGUGGGAUCAAUAUUUGAUUGAACAAGGACAUAAAGAUCCACAGACAAUCAUCCUCAGUGAAUACAAAGUUAUGAGGGAAAUUCUCUGGAUGUUCUUUACACCAACAACAAGUUACUUAUUCAGAGAAGUGAAUAAGAAGUUCACUGUAAAGCCAGAUAUUACCAUAUCAAGUCUCUCAAAGGACACAUUUGCAUUGUACUUGAAUCACCUGUGUCCUUACUUCACAAUGAUACGAGAGUUUCAGAACUUUGGUGAAGAACUGAAUUACAAUAGAGAAGUGGCAAAUUCUACAAAAUAUCCUCCCAAUACAUUCAUAGCAUACUGGACUGUACUGAAGGAGUUCCUCAAAGAUUUUAAUUCACUCAUCAUCCAAAUUGAAGUUAAAGUGAAAAAACAAGAUGAAACUUACACACUGCUGCAGCUGACUAAUGAACUGGAACCAAAAUUACAUGAGCUGAGUAGUAUGUAUUGUAUUCAUACAAGAGCAGUAUAUGAUUGGAAGACAUCGCCUAAUUGGCUCUCAGCCUCUUGUCUUCUUUCAGCAUUAUAUGGAGAAUUUGUAGACUCAUCAUCCAGCAAAUGGACUGCCAUUAUGCUGAAGCUGUUCCUAAAGAGUUUUGAAGUUUAUUUGGAUAUCAUUAGUGCAUGGCUGACUCAUGGACACUUGCAGGAUUGCCGGGAGGAAUUUGUGAUAUCACGAGACUGUGGAGAACUCCAGGAGUCUCAGGAGGAAAGAUAUAUAGUCCAACCUUAUGAAACAAUGCUGCUAAAAGCAGGUAUCAAGCCAUUACCAAUCUUACAAGUGAUUGUCAGCAAACUCCUUCAUGCAAGCGAAAGUAUGGAUCUACUGAUGAAGAUGGGCAGGCUAACCGAGACGCGAGGUUGUCUAUAUGAAGAAUUAAUUGAACAUACUGAAAAGGAUUUGUGUAGAUUUGCAUUGAAAGAAGACAAUCACCAGGAUAUGGGAGAGAAUACUAGCAGUAAUGUUACUGACAGUUCCAACCUUGUGAAUGAAUCUGACAGUUUCUUUACGGAGAUUAAGGAACAUUUAAUACGAUGUGGAGAUGAUUUCCUUGUGACAGCUUUUGAAAAUUACCUACCCUUUAAGCAAGUGGGCCAGGAUGUUGUGCAGGAAGAUGAAUGUAUAAAUGGUUUGAAAGAGAAAGAACAACAGUUGUAUGCAAGACUGCUUCAAAACAGCGGACAUCAGAUCUUGCCUGUUAAACAAGUACUGGAAGCUAACCUUUUGAGACUUGUAGAAGAGAAAUGGAAAGCAGCCUGCGCUAUGGUUAAACCAAUAUUUCAGCAUGAAUUCAAUCUUUCAGUACAUUUCAAGAUAAUAAGGGGAAUUUUUCUGAUGGAGGCAGGAGACAUCAUGCAUGAAUUCUACACUUCAUUGUUUCAACAGUUACAAACAUGUGAGGCCAGCUCUUUCUCGCUGACAAUUCUGUUGGAAAGUUGUGUGGAUCAGCAGUACCCAGAGUUCAGCUCACGUUUCUCAGUAGUCGUGGAUAACAACUUACGUUUUGCAACAUCUGUCCAAGAGGCAAUAAGUAACAUUAAACUCAGAUAUUCUGUACAGUGGCCUCUGUCUUUGAUACUGAAUGAACGAAGUAUGGAGUACUACAAUACUGUGUUCCAGUUUCUUCUGAAGAUAAAAUGGGCCCUCUUUUCCUUACAGAAACUUAGGUUCUCAGAUUUGGAGCAGAGAGAAAAUAAGCUAAGGCCUCUGAACAAGAGAGUGAUGGACCGAAUGCACAGACUUCACUGUCUGCGAUUUUGGCUGCUUCAUUCAGUGAGUAGUGUACAUGGUUAUCUCAUGGGGCAAGCAUUACAUUUGCUAAGCUCGGAACUGGAGCAGACGAUUGAGCAGGCACAGGAUCUGGAUGCUUUGGUGAAAGCUCAUGAUGUGUAUAUUCAGGCAGUGUAUGAACAUUGCUUACAGUCUGAUGACAGUCAGAUUAUCAGAAAUUCAGUUCUUAAGAUGAUUUGGGUUGCACUGAGAUUAUGUGAAGUUUGGGAGGCAGGAGCAGUGUUCCUUCUUGAAGCAAGACUUAAGGAGCUGGAGGAACUGUACUCCAAAUGCUAUGUCUUUCUGGCUGUUGUGCUUAGUAACUGGGUCGAUAAUGACACCAAGUCACACUUGAUAGAUCUGAGCGCUGCUUUUGAUACAUCAAGAUUACCCAAACAUUACCCAUCAACCUUCACCAUAAACUGAAGUGACAUCUGUAGUUGAUGCAUCAUACUCAUUAUGUAUUUAUUUUGUACUUAUGUAAUUUUUAUAUAAUAAAUUAUUGAUGUACAGAAAUAA